CAUAGCUUCUUACCCGAUGUGGGAAGGCAGCCAUGCAAAAAUCAAGGGUCCCGAUCAACUUUCGGAACCCACAGUAAUCGCGACAGAUCCACCUUAACAAACGACAUUCAGGAUCAAAAUCGUGGUCAGCGUUCAUUCACCUCAUUCACCUCUUUCCACCAUAUCCUCGCUUUCUUCCGCCUGGCUUUGCUUCGACCUUCAAGUCAAUUGCGGCCAUUAGCAGACAUCAACGCUAACUCAAAUUCACCCUGACAGUGGCCUGCAAUGUUCGUACAGACGUCAGAGCCUCCGAUACGCUGCCUACCAACCGAGCUACUCUUUCAAAUAUUUGAUUGGGCCCUCGUCGACGCCCUGUCCGACAGUCGGUCCGCUGUUCAAUGUCCUUGGACACUAGCCCACGUCUGCAUGCAAUGGCGACAAGCAACCCUUUCCUUUCCUUCCCUCUGGUCCAAACUUCGCAUCCAUAUCACCGAAAGUUCUUCAUUCAUCCGUCUCGGCAGACUUACGCCUGUAUCUCCUCUCGGAUCCAUCCAUUUCACUGCAGGUCUUGACUAUGCGUUGAGGCGCUCUGGGUCCCAUCCACUAUCCUUUCGCGUCGAAUUUUCGGAUUGGGAGGACUACUCCCAAGAACUUCUAAUACAGCUAGUCUCUCUGUCUCAUCGAUGGGAAGACAUCAUCAUAAUCGCCCCCGCUGAGAUUUUCAACGUCCUCUUUGACCUGCUCGGCAGCGCCCAACUUCCCUUACUCCAAUCAAUCCACUUUCAGUCACCAUCACGAUUCUAUUGGGACGACAUGCCGGCUAAAGAUAGAUGCACGGCCUUCCAAACCGCGCCGAAGCUUCGUUCAGCAAGCCUGAAUCCGAUCCUCAUGUUGCGACUGCCCUCAUCGCAUAUAACGGAGCUAUGUAUAAGCUAUCCGGAUCCUGACGAUAUCCCUAUUAUUCUUCACCAGCUGCCUUACCUAGAGUCCUUCUGGCUUACGGGUUUUAAGCCAUGGAACAUCGACCACCCAGUCCCAACGCUUCAUCGGACGUUACGAAAAGUCGAAUUGCCCUCCCUCGACCAUCUUGCAUUCUUCACGCUUCCUUUUCUAACACACCUCUCCAUCUCGGCCAUAUCUCGGACAUUGAAUGGUCCGAUCAUCGCAUCCUUUCUCAGUCGUUCAUCGUGCACCAUCUCUCACCUGCAGAUCUCCCUAACCAGGACUGGACGAAACGUUCAAGACUGUCUCUCCCUAUUUCGUUAUGUCACAAAUCUCGAAAUCGGCAUAGUGGGAUAUCGAUAUCUCUUCGAUAACCUCCGAAGGAAUCCAUCGUUACUCUCCGACUUGGAAAGUCUUAAGCUUCUCGGCGAUAGCAUGCAUCCUUGUAAUCUUAAGGAGGUGCUUGCACUGGCAGAGGCUCGUUCGAAGACACUUCGCUUUAUCGAUAUUGGUACAUGUUCUUCUGUAGAGCCAACAGAGAGGGAGGAACGUCUUGAGACCGAGAGGCGACUCGUGGAUGCAGGGCUUCAGGUCCAUCUUGUGGUGAACGAGAAGCACCGGCGAGGCACCUUUUUUCAUACCAAUUAUCAUUGUAUCGUGAUGUAGGUAGCCAACGAUACUUCUGUAUCCUCCGUUGCACACAAUUGGACAUAUAUUU